UUAUCGGAUAGCCACCAACAACGAACUCAAACUUUUCACCUAAAACCCUACAAAUAAUUUGUGUCUUCCGCCUCACACUCACACACCAUUUCUUCUUCUUCUUCUUCCUCUCUCCCUCUGCAAAACUCACAAGCCAUGGAGUUGUCUUUAGGCGCUUCUUCAUCCACAUUCCAUUUCCCUAAAACCGUCCAGAAACCUCACUCCAUAUCCCGCCUUUCCGCGCCUUGCAGCAAUAACAAGAGGUUCACCAUCAGAGCUUCCGCGAGUUCUAAUCAGAAUCCGUUGAUUGCGACUCUCAAAUCCGCAGGAAUCGCGGCGGUUUUCGCCGCCGUCACGUUCGGGAAGUUGUCGUCAAUGCCGCUCGCGAGAGCCGAGGCGCAGGCCCCGGCUGUCGUGGAAGAGGAGCAGCAAGAGGUUGUUGAGGAAUUGGAGGAGAAAGAGGAUUCGCCGCUGAAUCAGUUCCUGGAAUCGAGUCCCGAGGCCGUUGAAUCCCUAAAAGCGCUCCUCCAGGAGAAGGUGGAGGCCGGGGAGGACGAGGAGAGCCUCAAAUUGCUCAACAAAUUGGCCGCCGCCCAGCCGGAGAACACGGAGUGGAAGUUCAUGAUUGCCAGGCUGUACCACAAGAUGGGGAAGGUCCAGGAAUCUAGAGCCGUUUUCGAGGAGGUUUUGUCCGGCAAUCCGCUCUCAUUCGAGGCUUUGUUUGAGAAUGCAUUGCUAAUGGACAGGAGUGGAGAGGGGGAGAAGGUGCUUGAGAGGUUAGAGGAAGCACUGAAGAUGGCUGAGGAGGAGACUAGGGCCAAGGAAGCUAGGGAUGUUAAGUUGAUUAUGGCACAGAUGAAGUUCUUGCAGAAGAAUGUGGAGGGGGCAUUGAGGAGCUAUGAUGAACUUUUGAGUGAGGACCCUAGUGAUUUUAGGCCAUACUUCUGUAAAGGGGUGAUUUACAGUUUGCUCGAUAGGAAUGAAGAGGCUAGAGAGCAAUUCGCCAAGUAUCGGGAGCUUUCUCCCAAGAAAUUUGAGGUGGAAGGCUACUUGAGGUCUCCAUUGUCGCGGAUGAAGCUUUUUGGGAUGGAUGAGGAGGGGAAAUGAAUCUGCAUUUGAGCACCAUUGCAGCAAUUGCCCUUUUUUCGGGGUAAGAAGAAGGCUUAUAUAGAUAGUUAUUAGUUAAUAACCUGGCAUAGUCCUAAAGAUCAACUUUUGAUUACUUAAAUAUGAGUAAGAGUUUUAUAAGAAAGUGAUAGAGUAGAUACUAUCAUCAUCGAAAAAUGAUACUUACUUGAAUGUGUCUCAUUUCAGAAUGUACUUGGAUGAAUCCUGCAUUUCUGACAAUAAAUGUUAUUGACUUGAACAAUAUCUGUCUAUUUUGAUAAUUCUUUGAUCAAGGUUAAGAACUCUUCAAAUUUUCUUGGA